AUGGCGUCAAGGAAGAAGGUCCUCCUCAAGGUUAUCAUUCUCGGUGACAGUGGUGUUGGAAAAACCAGUUUGAUGAACCAAUAUGUCAAUAAAAAGUUCAGUGGAAGCUACAAGGCUACUAUUGGAGCCGAUUUCCUUACCAAGGAGGUACUCGUUGACGACCGACUGGUGACCAUGCAGAUCUGGGAUACUGCCGGCCAAGAGCGAUUCCAGUCAUUGGGAGUUGCCUUCUACCGGGGAGCUGAUUGCUGUGUCCUUGUCUACGAUGUGAACAACUCCAAGAGUUUCGAAGCCCUCGACAGCUGGCGGGAUGAAUUCUUGAUCCAAGCAAGCCCUCGGGAUCCCGAAAGCUUCCCAUUCGUGGUCAUCGGUAACAAGGUCGAUGUGGAGGAGAGCAAGCGUAUGAUCUCCUCAAAACGUGCCAUGACUUUCUGCCAGUCUAAGGGUAAUAUCCCUUACUUCGAGACCAGUGCCAAGGAGGCGGUCAACGUUGAGCAAGCAUUCGAAGUCAUUGCACGGAGUGCCCUUGCCCAGGAAGAAGCCGAAGAGUUCAGCGGUGAAUUCAGCGAUCCGAUCAACAUUCAUCUGGACAAUGACCGUGAUGGCUGCGCCUGUUGA